AUGCCAUCUUUCAGAUUACACCCUCACCCCUCAACAUCCUCGAGUCCAGAUCACCAUACACACCAUCACAGACAACAUACGAGUGCAGAUGCAGAUAUAGCUGUGGGGGCGGGAACAUCUACGUUGGAAAUCGCAGAGGAGGAGUUGGAUCACGAUCAGCAGAGUGAAAGUGUUAGUGUUAGAACGAGGUGGAAAGAUAUCAUGUCGGAUAAUUCAGCUGUGAUCAACACUUUUAUUGCUGGUGGUCUGGCAGGAGCAGCCAGUCGGACGGUCGUCUCACCACUAGAAAGGCUAAAAAUCAUCUUACAAGUUCAAGCUAGUUCGGCAUCUCAUGGUAGCUCUGGACAAGCUUACGGCGGAGUAUGGGAGAGCUUGACGAGAAUGUGGAAAAACGAAGGUUGGAGGGGAUUUAUGAAAGGAAAUGGGAUAAAUGUUGUACGAAUAUUACCUUACUCCGCCUUACAAUUCACUUCGUAUGGCGCUUUCAAAAGCGUACUAGCAACCUGGUCUGGAGAAGAGGUGUUAUCGACGCCGCUGAGAUUGACAGCUGGUGCUGGUGCUGGUAUAGUCGCUGUUGCCGCUACAUAUCCUCUUGAUCUGGUGCGAGCGAGAUUAUCAGUAGCUACAUCCGGGAUGGCCAUUAAAUCGACUUCAGGAGGAUUUACAGCUGAAGAUGCCAAACUGGGAAUGGUAGGAAUGACUAAAAAGGUAUACAGGACAGAAGGCGGUAUAAGGGGUUUAUAUCGAGGAUGUUGGGCAACGGCUGUUGGUGUAGCUCCUUACGUGUCAUUGAAUUUCUACAUAUAUGAAUCUCUCAAAUCCAUGAUUCUCCCCUCAUCACUCUCGCUGACCACAUCCGAACCCGAACUCAUCCUACGGAAAUUAUCCUGCGGAGCAUUAGCAGGAGCAACUUCCCUUAUAUUCACCCACCCUUUCGACGUGCUCAGAAGAAAAUUGCAAGUUGCUGGAUUAGCUUCGAUGUCACCUCAGCAUAAUGGCGCGGUGGAUGUGAUUAAGUGGAUCGUGAGGACUGAAGGCUUCUGGAAAGGCAUGUAUCGAGGUCUAGUACCAAAUCUUAUCAAAGUGACUCCAUCUAUAGCUGUAUCAUUCUACACGUUUGAGACUGUCCGCGAUCUAUUGGCUGCGUUAGGAGAGGAAUAG